GGUUUGGGGAACAUGCCCCCGUGGAGGCUCCGAAGCCACGCUCCUGCCCGGGCCGGACCAUGGCCGGGCCCCGAGGCUGCCGGGAUUCUCCCUGAUUUUCCCCCCAAAUCCACCCCGCGGAGCAGAGAGAGCGCCCAGGGAAACUUUCUCCCCCCUCGAUGGAUGGAUGAGCCAAGGGGUUCCUCCCUCCUUGGAUUACCGGAGCUUCAUCCCGCUGGAGAGCUGGACCUUGGGAAUGGUCAUCGGGCUGGGGAGCACCCGGGAGGAGUCGGGCUCUGACACCUGAGGGCUCCCGGCCCGCGGCAGGAGGACACCCGGCCGUUCGUUUAUUCGCUUUUUAUGCCUCCCCCCGCCCUCCCCGCGCCGUUUGUCGCCGAAGUUGUCGCCCGGCCAGCGAGCCCCCGGGGGGAAAUGUCCCGAUUCCCUCGCGUGUGAUGAGGAGGAGGAGGAGGGGGAGAGCAGCACCCGGGGGGUCUCCGCCGUGAGAGCCGCAGCCGAGAUCGGUGCCCCGUCCCCGCCGCGUCCGCCCGCCCGUCCGUCCGUCCGUCCCCACGAAGAUGAUGCUCAACUCCGACCAGACGGAGCUCGACCUCCCCCCGCCGCGCUCCGAGGCCGAACCCGCCUUCGGCGGCGGCUGCGGGGGCAGCGCGGAGGGCGCGGGGGGGGUCGGGCCGUGCCCCCCGGCCCCGGGGGAGCCCCUGAAGAAGGAGCUGCAGCACCUGAGCCGGGAGGAGCGGCGGCGCCGGCGCCGGGCCACGGCCAAGUACCGGACAGCCCACGCCACGCGCGAGAGGAUCCGCGUGGAGGCUUUUAACAUGGCCUUCGCCGAGCUGAGGAAGCUGCUGCCCACCCUGCCCCCCGACAAGAAGCUCUCCAAGAUCGAGAUCCUGCGCUUGGCCAUCUGCUACAUCUCCUACCUGAACCAUGUACUGGAUGUCUGAGCGUCCCAGCCCGCGUCUGUCUGUCUGUCCGUGUGUCACAUCUCCUACCUGAACCAUGUACUGGAUGUCUGAGAGCCCCAGCCCGCGUCUGUCUGUCUGUCCGUGUGUCACAUCUGCUACAUCUCCUACCUGAACCACGUGCUGGACGUCUGAGAGCCCCAGCCCGCGUCUGUCUGUCUGUCCGUGUGUCACAUCUGCUACAUCUCCUACCUGAACCAUGUACUGGAUGUCUGAGCGUCCCAGCCCGCGUCUGUCUGUCUGUCCGUGUGUCACAUCUGCUACAUCUCCUGCCUGAACCACGUGCUGGACGUCUGAGUGUCCCAGCCCGCGUCUGUCUGUCUGUCCGUGUGUCACAUCUCCUGCCUGAACCAUGUACUGGAUGUCUGAGAGCCCCAGCUCACAUCUGUCUGUCUGUCCGUGUGUCACAUCUCCUGCCUGAACCAUGUACUGGAUGUCUGAGAGCCCCAGCUCAAAUCUGUCUGUCUGUCCGUGUGUCAGUUCUGCUGCAUCUCCUGCCUGAACCAUGUGCUGGACGUCUGAGCCACCUGGUCCAUGUCCGUCUGUCCGUCCGCCACAUCCCCUGCCUGAACUUGUGUCGGGAACUUCCGAGCCCAGAGCUCGAGUCCGUCUGUCCCUCCACGACCUGAACCCCCCGUCAGGCACCCCAAACACUGUGCUGUGUCUGUCUGUCUGUCCAAACGAGCCCCCGGCCAUCUGCUCUCCCCCUGCCCCACCCACGGUCUGGAUUUCCCCGCCACCGACCCCACGUCCGUCUGUCCUUCCACCCUGCCCCAGUCCAGGGGAUGUCUGGCCUGUCAGAUGUCCGUCUGUCCUUCCACCCUGCCCCAGUCCAGGGGAUGUCUGGACGGUCAGAUGUCCGUCUGUCCUUCCACCCUGCCCCAGUCCAGGGGAUGUCUGGCCGGUCAGAUGUCCGUCUGGCCGGUCAGAUGUCCGUCUGGCCGGUCAGAUGUCCGUCUGUCCCUCUGGAUCUGCUGCCUGGCCCGGGGGGUCUCCGAGGUGUCCCACCCCCAUGCCAGGCUGGAGCAGCCCCUGGGGGCAUUCCCAGCCCCUCAUUUGGGCUCCCCAAAACCCACCAUUCCACUCCCCAGUCCCACCAGUAGGGCACUGGUGUGGCCCCUCCCUCUCCCAGCGUGGGGGGGGAACUGCACUUUACCGGGGCCGGGAUGGGAAGGAAGCAGGAACGGCCCCUUCUCCCGGUUUCCAGCAGC